UCAUUAGUUUUUGAUUUGGAUGCAUUUUAUAGCUUUGUAGAUAUUGGAUUUUCCUUGAGUAAGAAAUGAUUGUCUUAUUUUAUAGCUUUAGAUGCAGGAUGUAUGUCUGUUGGGAUCUUUUAUUUAGUGUGUUAAUCCUCUUUGAGAAAUACUUUUCUUGUGCUUGAGUGUGUUUUAAUACAAGGAUUUGGUUCAUUACUUUGGUAACUGAGAUAUAUGUUUCACAAUUAUGGCCAUUGAUCAUUUAUUGGAGUACAUUAUUCGAACUUAGUUAAUUGUUCUGUUAUCCACUUUCUCUUGCAUUCAUAGAUCUUCUAUAAGAAAUGGUAUCUCGACUUGUUAAGAAAAACAUCGAGAUAGUCAUGCAUGUUGUUGCUGGUGAAGAAUUUUAUAUCAGACUUUAUCUAUCAGAGAUACAUUUCACUGGCAUAUCCUUUAGCAUCUGAGUUGCAAUUAUCUUAUUUUACUUAAGCUGAAAGUUUUGCUUGGUAGCAGUUGAUGUUGUGUCUAUGUUUGGAUUCUAUAGGUAUUCGUUAAUUACGAAAACUUGUGCCUCUGUUGGUUGUUACCCUGGAAAAAGUUAUUUUGAACUGUUCAGUAAUUAGUUGCUUUGGACUAAUUUAGUGUUCAUGGAAAUUGCUCUUUUAUAAGUAAUGGCUGCAUUUAUUAGUUUUCUUCAUUGCUGCUAAAUUUUGGUUGCUUGGGCAGGUGUUUCUUUUUCUUCUUUAUGUUAGGAAGACAGGGUUUUAGAACUUCAUUUUUAGCCCUAAACUCUCCUUUUACUUAGCUCUGAGGAUCUUUUUUUAUUGAUGGUUGCAGUAUUGAAACUUGCCUUGGAUUACUGUUACAUUGUGGGAGGAUUGGAAUUUGCUUUAUUUCAAGCAAUCGGUAUUUUGUUCCAAAAUUACGUAAUCUUCUGGGGCAUGGCUAGUGGGGGGAUUUCAUCUGUUAACUCACAGAAAAUUUCCCAUCGGUUUACUAGAGCUUUAUCAUCAGCCUUUCUUGAAUGGCUGCUGAUUUUUAUGCUUUUUAUUGAUGCUAUUGUCUCAUACUUGAUCACAAAAUUUGCUCAUAAAUGCAAAUUGCAAACACCAUGCUUGCUAUGCUCAAGGCUUGAUCAUGUUUUAGGCAAAGAAAAACAAAAAUUUUAUUGGGAUUUGGUGUGUGGUGAUCAUAAGUUGGAGAUAUCAUCCUUAGUUUACUGUCAUUCUCACAACAAGCUUGUUGAUGUUCAUGGAAUGUGUGAAAGUUGCCUUUUCUCAUUUGCUACAAUAAAUAAGUCUAAUGCUGAAACCUAUAGAUUAUUGGUGGGUAAAUUGGGGGAAGAUUCUGACUGUGGUCUUGUGGAGGAUCCAUCACUUGAGGAUCAUAAACAUGGACAUUCAACUAUGAGGCACUGUUCUUGUUGCAAUGAGCCAUGGAUGCCCAAAGGGUAUGUCAAAACAUUGAUACAGACACAAUCGACUGUGUCUCAGGCUGCUGAAUUUGAUUUACCUUUACCAGUUGCUGUAGAACAUGGGAAAGAUGAGCAGAACAGAAGUGACAAUGCACUGAUUUCAGAUAGAGCUACACAACAGAGAAAAAGUAGGGCUGAUCCUUUAUCUCAUGUAGCAUAUUCGGAGCUUAAGAUUACUUCUGAUUCUGAAUCUGAAUUGUCUAGUGAUGCUGGUGAUGAGGAAGAUGCUCUAAUUCUUGAAACUGAUCAUGUAAAAAGUGAUAUUGCUGACCAACAUAUGCAGCCAGAGUCUUGUACUAUUACUGUGUCAGAAGAUUUUGCUUCCGAAAAAUUGAUAGAUCCUGUUUCUGAAACUAAGCCUUCAAUUUUCAUCUCACAGUCACAACAAGAUAUCAUCGAGCCUCAUGGCAUUAAAUCUGUGGAAUCUACUGAUUCAAGUGGCCGUGACUUGGAGGAACUUAAUUGGAAGCAAGCCAGUAGCAAAACUAAACCCUCUGCAUUUGCUGAGCUUAUUUCUCUUGAUGAUGUCCCUUUAUCACCAAAUGGUGGGGAAGCUUAUAUUGAUGUGUCAACAAAAAUGAAUCUUAAUUCCCUUGAUAAGGUUCCUCCAUCAUCAGAUGCCGGUGAAAUUCCUAUUCAAGGGUUAGAAGACGGUAAGCUUAUUUCCCUCGAUCAUGUGUCUUCAUUAUCAUUUGGCAAUGAAACCCCUGUUGAAGUGUCAAAGGAGAGCAAGCCUAUUUCCAUUGAUGAUGUUUCUCCAUCAAAUGUUGUCGCACCUUCUGUUGAAGGAUUAAAAGAGAGCAGUGGGGAAGUUGAUGUUUCUCCAUCAAAUGUUGUUGCGCCUUCUGUUGAAGAAUCAAAAGAGAGCAGUGUUAUGAGCACUCUUGAAGUUGAGAAGAAAUCUGUGACAGAGUGUGAGGAAAUCUGCAAGUCUAGAGAACAGCCAUUUCCAGUACCUGAAUCACCAGUAGAAACAAACCAUGUUGCAAGCGACACUAGCGUCCAAGUACCCAAUUCAUUGGAUCUAAGCGAUGCUUAUAAGCUAGCAGUAGGUAGUAGAGGGAGACAAUUGUCUGGCAAAUUUGAACAAUGGAUUGGAAAAGAUUCUUCUAGACUUAGUGAGGAUCUGAAGGUCUUAUUGUCACAGUUAUCUGCCACUCGAGGGAUUGAGCAAUCAAUAAAUGAUGUAAGUCCUAGGAUCUCAGUAAGUCCUAGGAUAUCUAUAAAUAGUGAUGAAUUAAAGGCUUCAGAUUCUUCUACACUUAAUGGAAUGCAAAUACUUCAAAAGAGGAUCUCACUAGAGAGAAAUGAGUCUGGUUUGUCUAUAGAUGGUAGCAUUGUUAGUGAAAUCGAAGGUGAAAGUCUGGUUGAUCGGCUGAAACGGCAGGUUGAGCAUGACAGGAAAUUAUUGAAUGCUUUGUAUAAGGAAUUGGAAGAAGAAAGAAAUGCCUCUACAAUUGCUGUGAAUCAAGCAAUGGCCAUGAUUACUCGACUGCAGGAGGAGAAGGCAACACUCCACAUGGAAGCCUUGCAGAGCCUGAGAAUGAUGGAAGAACAAGCUGAGUAUGAUAUGGAAGCACUUCAAAAAACAAAUGACCUCCUUGCGGAGAAGGACAAAGAGAUUCAAGAUAUAGAAGCAGAGCUUGAAUUUUACAGGAUGAAGUUCCCCAAUGAAUCAAUGCUGGAGGACAUAGUGAAGUCGGGCUAUGAUUUGAAAGCAAGACAGGUCACAGUGGAUCAUUCAGAAGCUAACGGAAUUGAAGAAAUGGUAGGCGUGCCUACAGAGCCAGUUAUCAAAAAACCUAAUGUCUGCUGCGCAGUUGAAGAAACAGAUCUGUCAUUCAGAGACACAAACAAGGGCACCAUGAAGAAUCCAUUGUCAGGAGAUGAAUGAGGGUCACAUGAAGAAUUCAUUGCUUGAGGCAUUUUGUACAAACACUACAGCGUGAAAAUGCAGUGCCUGAAAGAUGUGAUUAUUACAUGCUUAGUAGCAAGCUCAAUCAGCAGCUCUUGCUCACUUAUAUUGUUACUCUAACAGAUGCCCGCAAGAGAUGACGCGCUGAUGCUCCAAGAAGAAGCUUGAGUAUACAAACCUUGAAUAACCUGGUGAUGAAGACUGGCCAUCAAUUGUACAGUAUUGCAGAGUUUGUUUUCUCCUUCGCAGAACCUAAUAUAGGACAUGAUUUUUACAGUGUGCUUUCCUCUAUUUUGCCCCCACUUUUUUUUGCCAGGGGUUCUAUAGGUAUCUACAGGCUUUUGCAUACCAUCGAAAACAUUGAGUUGGUGAGAGUUUUUUCCCCAUUUUUUCUUUUUCCUCUCUUGAAUUUUUUCAGUUUGAAGGUAUAAGUAGUGGUUGAGUGAUUGCAUUUGUACAAGGUGUGCUGUUGAGUGUAAAGCUAAAUGUUGUAUGUAUAUUAGAACAGAUAGCAGUUCCUGCUAGUGAAUUCUGUCUGCUUCCCAAGUUUGCCAUUGAUUGAUUGCUUGAAUACACAGAAUUUGGUCCCCAUUUUAUACCUCAA